AUGCCUCUCUCCAACCGCCGUCGCGCGCGGCGCAAGGAAAUUCAACUACAAGAAACGUCUGACGCAGAGGCGCCAGACUCCUCUCCUACUCGCCCCUCCCAUAAGAAGCGCAAGGUCGAUCGGACUUCUCCCCAACCGCGUGCCGUCAAAGCCGAGUCCCCCGAGGAGCCAGACGGUUCAUCCUUAGACCAUGAUCUGUCGGAGAAUCAGGACCUGAUGGAUAUGGUCAUCUCUUACCUCGAUAUCGCCCGCGACGAGGUCCGCGUGCUGCGCGACCACUCCAACUCCAAGACCGAAAACAAGCAGAGCAUCCGCGCCUACGCCAAAAUCGCCGGCCGCAACUGGACCUACUACGUCAAGACCCUCCAUGUCAACAUCGGCCGCGAACCCGAUCGCGAGCAGAAGCUCGACGAGCAGUCCAGUCCCGUCACCAUCGCCGCGCGGGCGCUCCCCGAGGUCAACGUCGACCUGGGUCCGAGCAAGUUCGUGUCGCGCCUCCACGCCGAGAUCUUCUACGACGGCGAGAACACGGCCGCCUGGCACAUCCGCGUCAACGGUCGCAACGGCGUCCGCGUCAACAACAGCAUCCUCAAGCGCGGCACCGACGCCAUCCUCUCCUGCGGCGACAUCGUCGAGAUCGCCAACACCCAGAUGAUGUUCGUCACCCCCGGCGACAAGGCCACCAUCCACCCCAGCUUUGUCGAGCGCGCCCAGCGGUUGGCCAACGGGGAGGAGGACCUGGCCACCUGGGACGCCUCCCAGCACGCCCAUCCCGCACCACACCCGGCCGAUGCCGCCACCCCCGGGGGUCCGGAAACCACCCCAGCCGCGCCCACGUCCGUCGCCGCACCGUCGCUGGCCCCGGCCCCGCAGUUCCUCAAGCGCCAGGUCACGCCGCCGCCGCGGUCGCCGGACACGGCGGGCGCCCGCACCGCCAAGCAGUCGCCCCUGUACAACCGGGGGAUGAUGAUGGAGAGCACGGAGGAGAUCGACUACAGCAAGGACUCGGCCAAGGACCUGAAGCCGCCGUACAGCUACGCGACGCUGAUUGCACAGGCCAUCUUCUCCAGUGAGGAGGAGAAGCUGACCCUCAACAGUAUCUACAACUGGAUUAUGGAGAAAUAUGCGUUCUACCGGCAUUCCCAGAGCGGGUGGCAGAACUCCAUUCGACACAACCUCUCCCUCAACAAAGCGUUCCAGAAAGUUCCCCGCCGGACCGACGAACCCGGCAAAGGCAUGAAGUGGCAGAUCGCGCCGGAAUACCGCGAGGAGUACUGGAAGAAGCAGCUCAAGAAGGGCACGCAAUCGUCCGCUCCCUCGUCGCCCGCGACCAAGGACUCGACGCGGGGCAACGGUCUGGAAGCGGUGUUCCUGGCCGGCAAGAAGUCGCCGCCGGUAUCAUCGCCCGGGUUCAGUUCGUUUCCUGUGGCGCCAGUCGAGGCGUACACGCCGGAGCGAGGCUCGCGAGCGUCCCGCAAUGGAGCGCAGUCGCUCCGGCCGCCACCGCCGAUCCGAGAUUACGAGGAGCCAUCGCCCCUGCCGGCGCGGACUGCCGCCAAGCAGGGCAACGGCGCGGGGCUGCGGUACGGGAUGUCAGACCACGCCGUGGGAUCACCGCCGGUCCUGUCGUCGUCAUAUUACGAUGAGGGGCCCUCGUCGAUGAUCACGCCGGCGCCACAACGGCAACAGCCACGCCUCCCGCCGCCGAGCACAGCGCAGAUCCCGUCCAAGUUCAUGCCGAUGAGCUCACCGGCGCAGUUCUGGAAGUUUGCCGACAUCGGCAGCACGCCCGCGCGACCAGUCCCGGACAUGAGUCCCUUGAAAGGGGAUUUGGGUGAUGGACUGGGUAGUAUCCCGAGCAGUAGUCCGCCGCCGCCGAACCUGGCCAGCCCGAGCAAGCCGGGGACGUUGAACGGCGUCGGCCACGGCCGGUUGCCAUCUCGACACGACGACGGACGACCGGGGACGAAUGGGUCGGGGCGAUUAGAUGAGGAGGAGGAUGAUGGAGGAUUUGAUCUGGCACGGGGCUUCCAACCGAUCGGAUCAUACCAUCGACAGCUGAACAACGCGGCGCGGGCGAGUGCCGCAACGUCGUAG